UAAAGCGAGCGAGCGGUGGCGGGGCGGGAGGCUCGAGGCCAGCCCGGGACCGGGGCUGGGAGCUGGAAGGCGGCGGCGGCGGCGGCGGCAGCGAGCGCCCGCGCUCCGGCGCCCCCAGGCGGUGGGGCUGAGAGAGCCCGAAGAUGGCUCCGAGCGCUGACCUCGGCGUGUUCAGGAUGUUACUGUUCCUGCUGCUGCUGUGGUUUCUGCCCCCAACUGAGGGGUCUCAGCGUGCUGAACCCAUGUUCACUGCAGUCACCAGCACGGUCCUGCCCCCUGACUAUGACAGCAACCCCACCCAGCUCAACUAUGGUGUGGCAGUCACCGAUGUGGAUCAUGAUGGAGAUUUUGAGAUCGUUGUGGCAGGGUACAACGGCCCCAACCUGGUUCUGAAGUAUGACCAGACCCAGAAGCGACUGGUGAACAUUGCAGUGGAUGAGCGCAGCUCCCCCUACUAUGCCCUGCGGGACCGGCAGGGGAACGCUAUUGGGGUCACGGCCUGCGAUAUUGACGGGGAUGGCCGUGAGGAGAUCUACUUCCUCAACACCAAUAAUGCCUUCUCAGGGGUGGCCACGUACACGGACAAGUUGUUCAAGUUCCGCAACAACCGCUGGGAAGACAUCCUCAGUGACGAGGUCAACGUGGCCCGCGGUGUGGCCAGCCUCUUUGCCGGGCGCUCCGUGGCCUGCGUGGACAGGACGGGCUCUGGACGCUACUCUAUCUACAUCGCCAAUUAUGCCUACGGUAACGUGGGCCCUGACGCCCUCAUUGAAAUGGACCCCGAGGCCAGUGACCUUUCCCAGGGCAUUCUGGCGCUCAGAGAUGUGGCUGCUGAGGCCGGGGUCAGCAAAUACACAGGGGGCCGCGGUGUCAGUGUGGGUCCUAUCCUCAGCAGCAGUGCCUCAGACAUCUUCUGUGACAAUGAGAAUGGGCCCAACUUCCUCUUCCACAACCAGGGUGAUGGCACCUUCGUGGAUGCUGCUGCCAGUGCCGGUGUGGACGACCCCCACCAGCAUGGGCGAGGUGUCGCCCUAGCCGACUUCAACCGCGAUGGCAAAGUGGAUAUUGUCUACGGCAACUGGAAUGGCCCCCACCGGCUCUACCUGCAGAUGAGUGCCCAUGGGAAGGUCCGCUUUCGGGACAUCGCCUCGCCCAAAUUUUCCAUGCCAUCCCCGGUCCGUACCGUCAUCGCCGCUGACUUUGACAAUGACCAGGAGCUGGAGAUCUUCUUCAACAACUUUGCCCACCGCAGCUCCUCAGCCAACCGUCUCUUCCGGGUCAUUCGCAGGGAACACGGCGACCCCCUCAUCGAGGAGCUCAAUCCCGGUGAUGCCUUGGAGCCUGAGGGUCGGGGCACAGGGGGUGUGGUGACAGACUUCGAUGGAGACGGGAUGCUGGACCUCAUCUUGUCCCACGGGGAGUCCAUGGCUCAGCCGCUGUCUGUCUUCCGGGGGAACCAGGGCUUCAGCAACAACUGGCUGCGAGUGGUACCUCGGACCCGAUUCGGGGCCUUCGCCCGGGGAGCUAAGGUCGUGCUCUACACCAAGAAGAGCGGGGCCCACCUGAGGAUUAUCGACGGGGGUUCGGGCUACCUGUGUGAGAUGGAGCCCGUGGCGCACUUUGGCUUAGGGAAGGAUGAAGCCAGCAGUGUGGAGGUGACGUGGCCGGAUGGCAAGAUGGCAAGCCGGAAUGUGGCCAGUGAGGAGAUGAACUCCGUGCUGGAGAUCCCCUACCCCCGGGAUGAGGACAGACCUCAGGACCCAGCCCCACUGGAGUGCGGCCAAGGAUUCUCCCAGCAGGAAAACGGCCAUUGCCUGGACACCAAUGAAUGCAUCCAGUUCCCAUUCGUGUGCCCUCGAGACAAGCCCGUGUGUGUGAACACGUAUGGAAGUUACAGGUGCCGGACCAACAAGAGGUGCAGUCGGGGCUACGAGCCCAACGAGGAUGGCACAGCCUGUGUGGGGACUCUCGGCCAGUCACCGGGCCCCCGCCCCGCCGCCCCCGCCGCUGCUGCCGCUGCCCGAGCUGCUGCCGCUGCUGGAGCUGCCGCUGCUGCACCGGUCCUCGUAGAUGGAGAUCUCGAUCUGCGGCGGCGUUAAGGACGGACGCCCAGGCAGCUGCUGAGAAGGGGCGGACAGACCCGCAGCUGGAGGCCAGCAAGUGAGCGGGAGGCCCGCCGGGGCUGCUUCCCAGAUAGCAAGGAGGGCGGAUGGCGGCACUAGCCGCUAGACCCCCGCCCGCCGCGCUCCCGCACGCAAGCACUCGGGGCACGUGCACAGCCACCCCGAGGGCCCCGCUCCUCGGCGCAGGCGCACACCCAGCUCGGAACCUCCUGCUCUAGAGGGGCUAGUCACCAACCCCCGGGACGGUCGGUAGCACUGCAGGAAGCGGGAGGACUUCGGUGUCCUGCUUUCAAAGCCUCACUCGCCUAGACUCCAGCGAUGUGGCCUUACACGGGUCAUUUACCGUGUCACCCAUUAAUCGAUAUGUAAAACGGUGGUGAUCCUACAGUCUCGGGGUUUGUCUGGGGCCGGACCGAAAUCACGCAUGUAAAGCAGUAAGCACAAUGCCCGCUUCUUAGGAAAGGCUCAAUAAAAAGCAGCCCCUCUCACGUGGGGGGAGGUGAACAGAGGAUCCCGGUGUUGGUGUUUUCUUUACUCUUUUUUGUCUCAAGUUUCUAGCAAAAUUUAUUUUUUUAGCAAUUUUACUCAAGUUGCUAAUGACUGAGGGCGGGAUGUGUGCACACAGUUUUCCAGGCGAGCAGACAUAAAACCCAGCCCUGGACCAGCCGCCCAUCAAGAUUUCUA